AUGACAACUCAAGACCAUCAUCGUGAGGCCAUAGCAUGGCUCGAGGAUUUCCACAAACACACGGACUCAAUGGACCCCAACCUUGCCAUCCCCAAAUUCUACGCAGAUGACUGCGUAUUUACCUUUGCUGCAAAUCCGUCAGUCACCGGACAAUCCAAUAUCAUUGAGUUUUUCAGCACCCAGUUCCCGUAUCUGGAGAAUGUCCUGCCGGAUCGGAUCUAUCAGGAAGCCGAAAUCCGGUAUGUGGUGAAAGGAGAUCCCGAAAGAAAGGAUAUUGUAGUCAAUGGCAUGGCAGUCAUUGGGAAAAGGCCCGAAGAUGAGAAGAUGACUUUCUUCACGGUGUAUCUGGAUCCAACGGAGUUGAAGGAGAGGAUCAACGCCGUUGCGAAGGGAUCCAUUUGA